AUGUCAGAGGUCCCGGUUUCGUCGGUGUCUAAUGAGUUUGGGCAACAGCGUGUUGUGACCGCCUGUCUGCCUUGCCGCCGUCGGAAAGUCAAAUGCGAUCAUGCCCAGCCUGUGUGUUCAGCUUGCAGACGAGGCAAUCGAGCCUGUACAUAUGCAAGCCCUCAGCUCGGUACACCAGGACCUCUUCGCCGGACCGGAAACGGAGUGACCCGACAGCGACCCAGCUUGCGGAACGGACAAGACGAAAUCAGAACACGCCUUGACAGACUCGAAAGGCUGCUCGAACAAGCGCUCAGCAAGGGCUACGAACGAUCCUCUCCCGUUCCAGGAAGCGGUACAGUUCAAGAUUCGGAGGAUGAAGCUCACUCUGUCGGUGCUGUACCCAAUUUGACAAGCCCACAAAUCGACCAUGAGACGCUCUCGGCCGAUGGUUACGAUGGCGCUCUACUUGUGGGCGCUGGUGCAGGCCAUUCUCGGUGGGUUUCUUCGCUGCAUUAUGCAUUAUUAGCUGAUCAGAUACAUGAUGUGAAGAUGCUGCUCGGAGAGCAAACCAGAGGGAAUUUUGCUGCAGAUCCUAUAUCCUUGGAUCAAGCAAGCCCUCAGUUCCCAUUUUCAAGCACGACUAUCGGUGACAUAACUCGAUGGUUACCCGGAUCAGCGGAGGAAUGUUUCAGCUUGCUGGAAAUUUUCAUCUCUAACGUUGACCCUGUGACAAGAUUAGUUCACAAGCCAUCGCUCAAAGAUCGAUUCACACACUACAUCAAUCACGUCUUUCGUCUGUGCAUAUAUGACGACCAUGAUGGUAGCGAUGCGAAUAUCUCGGCCACAAAGUUUCCCACAUUUGAGCCUCUCGUUUUUGCCAUUCUUCACUCAGCGAUAAACAGCUUGUCACCUGAGUCAGUACUGGCCACAUACAAUGCGGACAGAGAUUCUUUGCUAGCUCAAUUCCAAAGAGGAGUUGAACUAGGUCUGGGACGAGAAAACUUUGUGACUACAUCUAGCAUCGAGGUUUUGCAAGCUUUCGUGCUUCUCCUGACUUGCCAAUCUCGAGAAGAUGAUAUGGCAAGAACAUGGACCUUCCUUGGACUCGCGGUACGAAUUGCUCUUUCGCAAGGGUUGCAUCGAGAACCUUCCUUGUUCCCUUCCUACAACAUGGACGUUGUCCAAGUUGAACUUCGUCGUCGACUUUGGCAUCAAAUCUGUCACCUUGAUUAUCGCGCUGCUGAAAGCACGGGACAAGAACCUAGUAUAUCAGAUGAUGAUUUUACAACUUUGCUGCCUAGCAAUAUCGACGAUAACAACCUGAAGCAGGGUUCCCAUGCAAUUUCUGAAACUACUUCAGUGCCUGGCUUUACGGACAUGUCAGGACAUCUUAUCCGACUACAUGGGAUCCACUGUUUCAGGGAUAUUGUUAAAAGUACUUACCGGCUGGAGCGCCAUUUGAAGUCCUCGAUGAUUGUCAGACCCAAUACACUUCACCCAGUCGCUGAGUUCCAAGCCGUUUUCAUCGAAGUGCGGACCAAGAUCAACAAGAUGAAAGACGAUUUCCAAACACAGUACCUUGCAUUUUGCAAUCCUCAAAUAUCAGAACAACGCCUUGCGCUCGGUCUGGCUGUCAUCGUUGAGUGGAAAUGUUGGUCCAUUUUAUGGCUUCGAACACCACGAGAGUAUCGCGAGGCCGUAAUAUCACCAGAGAUUAGACAAACCGUUCUGGGAAGCUCUAUUAGCUUAUUGGAAAGCAUCAACAUGAUGCCUGGGGACAAAGAUGCCAAAAGGUUCCAAUGGCACAUUGGCAGCCAUUCUUGCUUUCAAGCAAUCAUGCAUAUCAUCUCGGAACUUGAUACACCCGCAUUCAAGUCCCCGCAUCACGAAACACUUCGUUCUCGUGCUCUAGUUGCUUUACAAUCAACAGUCAGUAUGAGAGGUUGUGUGGGUAAUCCAAUAUGGAAUGUGAUCGACCGGAAGAUUUCGAACGGUUUGGGGAGUACUUCAGGACUUGCCCAAUCUGCAUUAGCAGUGUCACAAAAGAUUACAUUCCAACCGGGUACUACAAGUGAUAGAGAAGGCGACCUCGCAGCUUUUGUGCAGCAGACAUCUGCUCCGGCUUCAGUUGAUGCGAAUUCAGCAUCGAACGCCAAUGUGUUCAAUGAUCUUGAAAAUCUCGACGGUCUUUACACGCUUGACCAUACCGUUGAUUUUGAUUGGACCUUUUUCAAUGUAGACCCGACAAUCUAA